AUGCUUCCAUCACAGUUAAAUGGCUCGCCAAAGCGUGCGAACCCGUUCAGCCGUGCAUCUCCAUCCCCAUCACCCUCGCCAUCUCCUGCGCCCAGAGCUGCACGUCCAAAGUCAGCGCUUAUAACACAAUCGAGUAAAUUCGAAGAGGCGAGAGGUCACUUCCGAAAUUCCUCCUCUCUGGCACAAUCCACCCAAGCCCCAUUCUCUCGCAUCACUAGUCGUCAAAGGUCUAAUUCUUUGCGGAAUGAUGUCACAUCAGGGACAUUCGCACCGGAGUUCAUCAAGUCGGAGGAACUUCAACGUGGAGCAGACCAAAUCCGCGGGCUUGAAGGUGAUAAUGACUUUUCCGGGAAUAAAUACGUCUGGCUACGUGAUCCUGAAAAGGCAUUUAUACGAGGACUUAUACUGGAAGAAAGAGCCAAUGGAAAGCUUCUUGUACAGAGUGACGAUGGCGAGCAACGCGAGGUAGAUGCGGAUCAAAUUGACAAGGUCAACCCGGCGAAAUUCGACAAAGCGGACGAUAUGGCCGAGCUUACUCACCUGAACGAAGGUUCAGUGGUGCAUAACCUGCACACUAGAUACCAAGCUGAUAUGAUAUAUACCUAUUCCGGACUUUUCCUUGUCACAGUAAAUCCUUAUUGCCCGUUACCGAUCUACUCCAACGAAUAUGUGAAAAUGUACAAAGGACGGAGCAGAGAGGAAACUCGACCCCAUAUUUUCGCAAUGGCAGACGAGGCAUUUCGAAACCUGGUGGAAGAGGGCGAGAACCAGAGUAUUCUUGUAACAGGAGAAUCUGGAGCUGGCAAGACAGAGAAUACCAAAAAAGUUAUCCAAUACCUUGCAGCAGUCGCAACGUCUGAUACACCACAUGCUCGCUCGGGGACCAAGCAAUUGUCUAUUCUGUCUCAACAAAUAUUACGGGCAAAUCCAAUACUUGAAGCUUUCGGUAAUGCCCAGACAGUGAGAAACAACAAUUCUUCCCGCUUCGGCAAAUUUAUUCGAAUCGAAUUCACCCGUUCAGGUCAGAUCUCUGGCGCAUGGAUUGACUGGUACCUUUUGGAAAAGUCCCGCGUCGUGAAGCCUAACUCUCAGGAGCGAAACUACCACAUCUUUUACCAAUUAUUGCGGGGUGCAGAUCCAGCCUUAAGAGAAAGCUUGCUGCUAUCUGGUCUUGGGAUUGGUGACUUCGCGUAUACAAGAGAUGGAAACGACAGCAUUAUCGGAGUAUCAGAUGAUGAAGAAUGGAAUGCGUUGCUUGAGGCAUUUCAUAUUAUGGAUUUCUCAGAAGACGAGCAGAUGCAUAUCCUUCGCACGAUCUCGGCCGUUCUUCACCUAGGAAAUGUGGCCAUUGUCAAGGAGAGCCUGCGUGCUGAUCAGGCGGCCUUGGGGCCUGAUGCACUGAGAAGCGUGGAAAAGGCCUGUCAGUUGCUGGGAAUACCUUCGAAGCCUUUUGUGAAAGGCUUACUUCAUCCAAGAGUGAAGGCGGGUCGCGAAUGGGUGGAGAAGGUCCAAACGCCAGAACAGGUCCGACUUGCCCUUGAUGCUCUUGCAAAGGGAAUAUACGAACGCUCUUUCGGAAAUCUUGUCAAUCGUAUCAACCAACGGCUAGAUCGCAGUGCCACCACUAGCGAUGACAGUUAUUUUAUCGGCGUCCUUGAUAUAGCAGGGUUCGAGAUAUUUCAGAACAAUAGUUUUGAACAGCUGUGUAUCAACUAUACCAACGAGAAGCUGCAGCAGUUCUUUAAUCACCACAUGUUUGUCUUGGAGCAGGAGGAGUAUGCGAAGGAGCAGAUAGAAUGGCAAUUCAUUGACUUCGGGAAAGAUUUGCAGCCGACAAUUGAUCUGAUUGAGCUAACUAACCCAAUUGGUAUUUUCUCGUGCUUGGACGAGGAUUGUGUCAUGCCAAAAGCAACUGACAAAUCCUUCACGGAAAAGCUACAUUCGCUCUGGGACCGCAAGUCUCCCAAGUAUCGUGCCUCCCGGUUGAGCCAGGGAUUCAUCCUCACUCACUAUGCCUCUGAGGUAGAGUACGAUACCAAUGGUUGGCUUGAAAAGAACAAAGACCCACUGAAUGACAACGUGACCCGUCUGCUCGCAGCUUCGACAGAUAGGCACGUUGCGAACUUGUUUUCGGACUGCGGAGACCCGGAUGACGAGGCCGAUUACUCUAAGAGCCGGGUUAAAAAGGGACUAUUCCGUACAGUUGCUCAGAGGCACAAGGAGCAGUUGUCAAGUUUGAUGUCUUCGCUGAACUCGACUCAUCCUCAUUUCGUUCGAUGCAUCAUUCCCAAUCACAAGAAGAGGCCGAAGAUGUUCAACGCCCCCCUUGUUCUAGAUCAGCUACGAUGUAAUGGUGUAUUGGAGGGAAUCAGAAUUGCUCGUACGGGGUUCCCCAACCGGCUGUCAUUUGCCGAGUUCCGUCAGCGAUAUGAAGUGCUCUGCCGCAAUGUGUCCAAAGGUUACUUGGAUGGACAAAGCAUUGCUCAAAUGAUGUUGGACAAAUUAGGCCUGGAUCCAACCUGGUACCGCGUCGGCCGAACGAAGGUAUUCUUCCGGGCCGGUGUGCUAGCUGAGUUAGAAGAGAAACGAGACGAACUUAUUCGUUCCAUCAUGACACGUUUCCAGUCAAUGGCUCGAGGUUUCGUGCAGCGUCGUAUCUCUAACAAACGCCUGUAUCGAGCUGAGGCAACUCGGAUCAUCCAGCAAAACUUUGGGGUCUAUCUCAAACUGAAAGCAAAUCCUUGGUGGCGGUUGUUUUCUCGAAUGAAACCCCUGCUUGGAGAAACACGGACGGCUAACGAAGUCAAAAAGAGAGAUGAAAAAAUCCAACAGUUGGAAACAAAAGCCAAGCAGGACCUUGCAGACCGCCAAAAGCUGGACGAAGAAAGGCGCCGCACAGAGAUAGAGAUCCAAAAGAUCCAACAAACUCUGGAGAGCGAAAGAGCUCUAGCUCUGGACAAGGAGGAGAUAUUCAAGAGACUUCAGAUGCGAGAAGUUGAGCUGAGCGAAAAAUUAGCUGGUGCGAUUGCGGACCAGGAAAGCCUUGAGGACCAAUUAGACGAACUGAUCGCAGCAAAAAAGAGAUGCGAUGAGGAGCUCCACACACGAAUAACACAACUGGAGCAAGCUGGGGAGAUCAUACAACGUUUUGAAGCCGAGAAACAUGAGAUGCAGGCACAUCUUGAAGAAAUUGACCGUAGAUUGUUAGAGGCCGAACAGAUUUCUGCCCAGAAAGAUGGCAACAUCAAAGAACUAGACCAAGAGUUGAAAAUGCUACAGAGCCACCUCACCUUGAAAGACCGGAAGGUUCAAGAGUUGGAAGCCAAGCUAUUGAAAGUGGAUCAGGACCUUGAUAUUAAGCUAGCUAACACAUCCAAAGAGCUGGAUCAGUCGAAAAAGCAAGUUAAGGACUUGAUCGACGAGAACCGCUCGAUCCGCCAGCAGAUUUCUGAUCUCUCUGUAACUUCUACAGGAUAUGAGGAGAUGCUCAGACGCAAAGAGAGUGAGAUGGCUGUUCUGCGAAACGAUGUAAGAAGACAUGAGGAGGAUAAGCAGCAAUUAGAAACCGAGAGGACAUCUCUUUCGACUCGCCACGACAACAUGCAAAAACGUCUACGAGAGCUCCAAGCAGAGACGGACGCUAUGAGAUCAGAAAAGGCCCAUCUAGAGAGAGAGCUCACUGAUGUCAAAAAGCUCCUCGACGAAAAGAUCUCUGAGGAUGCAGAAGCUGUGGAGAGCCGGAAGCUUUUGGAGCAGCAGAUCCAUGACCUGAAGGAACAGUUGUUCCAGGCACAAGCGGACCUCAGUCGAGAGCGUCAAUCAAGAGAUGAUGUUCAGAUGCUUGCGGAGCACAAUCUUACUGAGUUACGUGAUAAGUACACAUCCCUCAAUGAUUCAAAGAUAAUCAUCGAAAAGGAGAUGUACAUCCAGCAAGAUACACUCCGCCGUGCCACCGAGGCCCGUCUCGCUGCCGAGCAAUCGCGGAAAGAGCUUCAGACUGAGCUAAUCAAGCUACGAGAUCGCUUCACUAGCGUAGAAAAUGCUCGUCUGAAUGCGGAAGCUGAGAUUGAACGAAACAUCAAAAACCAGGCCAACGAACGACUGGAUAGUGUGCGAAAGGACCUCGACGAGAAGUCGCGUCAGGUAGAUGAGAUCGAGGCAGAGAGAGAGCGGCUUUCAAUCAGGGUGCAGGAGUUAACUAACGCGAUCGCUGAAUCUGACAACUUCCGCAUUCGCCAUGACCAACACAAGGAACGACUGGAGCGCGAAUUAGUAACUCUUAAGGGCCGACUCACUGCAUCGGAAAACGACAACCGGGCGUUGUUAACCAAGAUCCAACAAAAGAAUCUCGAUAUUGCUAGAUCCAACUCGAAGGCGAGCGAAAACUCACGUCUCCGGGUUACAACUCUCCAAAGAGAGAAAGCAAAACUAGAGGAGGAUAGUAAGAAGCUGAGCCGCCAGCUAGGGGAUCUUCAAAUUACGAUUACAUCGCUGGAGAAACAGAAAGAAAAACUUUCGUUGAGCUUGGAAGACUUAAAUCAUGAAGCAAAUAGGGAGCGCAAAGCCUGUAGGAAUGCUGAGAAGGCAGCAUCCACAGCCAACCUUCAGCUUGCUGAAGCCAACAGGAACCUAGAAACGGAGAGACAGCUGCGGACCCAAGCUCAAGCAAACACGCGCAAACUUCAGACUUCUCUUGACACUGCAAAUAAAGAGAUUGAGGGCCUUCAUCGUCAAUUGAUGCUGCUUCAUAAGGCUGUCGACCCUGACUCCGAUCGGUCUCCAGAAUCCUGGGAGGAAGUACAGCCGGACCUGUCGCAGAAGGUAGACUUGGCUCAGUUGCUAGAUACCACGCGGGCUCAGUUGCAAGUGACUGAGGAGAAGUAUAACAGAGCAGAAAGCCAACUUGCAGAAAUGCGACGUCGACAUGGCGAUGAGAUGAGGGAGCUUGAUGCCCGCUACUCUUCGUCCAAGCGUGCGCUCCUGGAAGAGAUUGACCAGAACCAGGUUGCUGGAAACCGUACACCAACGCAUCUGAGGAAGGAUUCUGAAAACGGGAUUGCGAAGAAGUACAAUACGCCGACGACACCUAACCGAAGGUUUAACUUCAAUGAGAAUGCCAACGACUCGGCCCGAUCUGAUCGUACAGUGGACACUGUGGGUUAUCAAAAACGGAUGGAUAUGGCGGCCGAACUCGAAGAGCUUCAGAAUAAACUUCAGAUGAGUGAAAUGCAGAACAAACACCUCCAAAGCCAGAUUCAGCUCGCAAAUCCUCUUGGAGACAUGCGGCAAGAUGAGAGCCCUUCUGUCAGGAGAAUGCAACUCUUAGAGCGCGAAAAUGGCCGCUUGCAUGAUCAGCUUGAUGAUUCUGCCAAGAAGGUUUCUGCACUUGAGCGAAGCAUCCACUUGGGUGACCUCUCCUUGCGGGAUGUGCAAGCCAAAUCACACGAGGAGCUUUAUGACUUGAUCAAUUCCCAGGAACAAUCCAGACGAUCAUUGCUUAAGGUGCAUAACGAAGCUAUUGCUGAAUUUAGCGACAUGAAAGCCCAAUUGGAAAAGCUCAAGCGAUCGAAAGCUACCCUGGAAGUUGAACUUCGCGAUUCGCGGUCUGAGGCCCAAGAGCUGCAGCUCGCUAAAGACCAGGACGCUGCAAGCCGAAACCAGCUUCUCCAAGAGUUCGCCGAUUUACAAAUACGGCUAGACGCGGAGACAUCGAAGUCUGCCGACCUUGCUGCAAGCCAAAGCCUUUAUAAAACUCGUGCUGAUGAAUACUUCAGCAAACUUGAGCAAGCAGAGGUUACCGUUCUUAAGGCUACUCGGGCGGAGCAAUUUGCUAAAGCCCAAGCCCAGGAGGCGGAGGACACCUGCGCACGGAUAAUGUCAGAGCGCAAAGAGAUGGACAGCCUUGUGGAAGAUUUGCAGAGACAAACACAAGCUUUGGAGGCAAGAAUGGAGGAUCAGGCAGCAGAGCUAGAAGGUGCACUACAGUCUAAGCAGCGUCUCCAGAAUGAGCUUGAGGACUACAGGAAUCAACGCGCCAUUGAUAUCGAAGAUAAAGAGACUUCAAUGGAGCAGACGCGACAAAAAUACCAAAGGGAAUUUUCUACCCUAAAUAAUGAACUCGAGAUGGAGCGGGAGAAGAUUCUCAAGGUUCGCGGCGAAAACUCUCGACUUCGAGAAGAGCUUGAGGAUCUCCGCAGUAAAUGGGACAAUGAGGUACUGAACAGCUCGACAUGGGCUAAAGAAAAGUCCCGAAUGGAGGUCAUGCUCCAGGACGUAACAACCUCUCGCGACGAGGCUGUCAACGCUCACAAUGAAGCUCAAAGCCGGGUCGUCACCCUUUUGUCGCAGGUCAGGGACUUGCGUACCUCAGUCGACGACGUGACUGCAGAGCGAGAUAUGCUGCUCAAGGAGAAGAAAAUGUUGGAAGUCCGUUUGACUGAAGCUGGGGAGAGGCUGGAAGAACUUGCCAAAGGAGAAAGUCCAUCAAUGCGCAACGCGGCCAGUAUGAAUCGCGAACUCCUUGAGCUCAAAUCUAAGCUUGCUCAGCAAGAAGAUGUCUCUGCAGCUGCUGUUGGAAAAAUGAGGCGAGCGGAUGCUCUUGUGACUGAAAUACAAAAGGAAAUCACUGCAGAAAGAGAAGCCAACGCCCAGCUCUUCAAGGAUAAAGCUACUUUGGAGAAACAAUUGAAAGAGUCACAGCUGCGCUGCGUGGAUCUGGAAACAAAGAGCUAUUCUUCGGGCAGUCAGGAUGUAAAAUUCCUGCAUAAGAGGAUCAAAGAUUUGGAGGCCCAUCUUGAGGAGCAGGAGGCUAAACAUAGCUCAGAGCAACGCUCUUUACGGAAUGUUGACCGUACUGUCAAAGACCUCCAGUCCCAAAUUGAGCGAAGGGAGAAAAUCAACGCACAACUCACGGAUGACGUCAACAAGGCCCGUGAUAAGAUCGAUCGUUUGCUUCGAAACAUCGAGGAGCUCCAGCACAAUGAUACAGAUACACAACUGCAGGUGCGUCGGGCUGAGCGCGAGCUUCGAGAAGAAAAGGAAAAGUCAUUACGACUAGAGCGCGAGUUACAGGGUUGGAGAGCUCUGCGACUCGAGAGAGGACGCGGCCAUGUCACUUUCAGUGACGUUGGAAGCAGAAGGGGUAGCAAUGGGUUUUCCUCAAGCGACAUACCACAGAGGAUGCCCAGCAACACCAAAGGCUUUUUAUAA